CGACGACUUCACCUCCCCGCGGUUUUCUGCACUCACGCAAGCGCAAUGCGCACCUGAAACGCAGAAAGUGAAAACUGCACAUCAUGGUAUCGCUCCGUGUAGGGCGCAGCAAUAUUGGAUAGUGGUUGUAAAUCGCAAACUAGCAGUGCGAGGACGAAAUCGCUGCGGUGUCCAUUGCGCCGCGAGGAUGGCUGAUGCCUGCACGGCACUGGUGCUCUCCGAUACUGCGGUAGUCAUACGUCACAAAACAGCUGAGGUGCCGGCUAAAGGCGUACGUUCGUGACGUCUCUCGUGGAUCACGAGCCGCGGGUGCCGACACCAUGGCGUCCACUAUGCAGCUCGAGUUCACACAGGCAAUGACUGAUUUUAAAACUAUGUUUCCUGAUAUGGAUGACGAUGUUAUUGAGGCAGUACUUCGAGCUAACCAGGGAGCGGUGGAUGCUACCAUUGACCAGCUUUUAGCAAUGAGUACGGACAAUCAAAACGAAAGACUUCGUUUGGAAAUGGAGAGAGUUGAAAGUAGUUCUCCAUCAAGACGCAAAGAUUUAAUAAAAAGGAUAUCUCGUGGAGUAGAAAAUGGUGAGGACAAUGACACUACGGCACUUGUAAACGUUGAUAGCGAAACUAUUCCACUCUCUGUGAAAAGAAAAUGGAUUCCUCGAAUGCUUGGCCCUUUGCCUCCCAUGUUUCUUCGUAUUCCACCUACAACUGACGCUAGAAUUGACCUUAGUUUAGACAUGGAUGACGAUCGCAUCGCAACAUUUUUGCAAAAUGAAGAGUUUAUGGCUGAAUUGCGUUGGAAUCAAGAAUUUAUUGCGGCGUUGGACAGCGAGCAAGGAAAUAAAACUAAAUGUCACGAUGACGAAGCGGCAUUUAAAGAAAGACUAAAAAAUAUGGGAAAAUCGUCACGCAAGAAAUUCGCGCAAUUGUCUAGGAUGUUUUCACGUGGUGGAUCACGACGUAGCGGUAGUGCACGCGCGCCCUCGCGCGGACCACCUGACAGCUUACUAUUGCAAGAAGAGCACAGUGACGAUGACGACCGACCGCAGGUGCAGAAUAUCAAAAUAUAACAUACGUCGUCAUUCUAUUAUGAUAUCACCACGCUUGAGUGUUUGAAGAAAGACUAUAACGAAGGGCCUUAAUGUAUUAAUUGGAGUUGCACAAGGUUUCGCAUAAGACUGGGAUUGUUUAGAUAAGAUCGCAUUAGUUCGUUGUUAUUGGAAGCCCGUAGAGAGAAGGUUGUAUAUUGUUAGACUACUAUGUUAAAUUGAAAUAAUGAUGAUGGUUUUCUUAAAAAUAUAUUUCGACGAUAUCGCUAAUUUAAUUGUAAAUAAUUGUUGUACUAGCAAGUUCCAUUAGGUAGAUUGCUUUGUUCAUCCUACAACUUAAAUUAUUUCGCUAACGUAUUAUUUUGUUGUCUUCUUCGAUAAUACGGUACUGGUAAAACAAUUAAAUUAUAUUAUUUAGCCUCGAUUUUAUAUUUUUAUAUGACUAACCACAAACUCUAUCAUCUCACUAUGCACUGUUACUGUAUGGAAUAGUUGUUCUAAGCCUACACUAGGAAUAUUUCAGUUUUAUCCAAUUUUCAAUGCUAGUACCAAAAAUAAAAAUAUAAUAAGCUA